AUGAAUACUCAUAUGAAGGAUGGAACUACGACGGCUGGAGAUGGCGGUGGUGAUGAUGAAGAAGGAGAUGGUGUCAAUAUCGGUAAAAAACAUAAAUUAGGCCAUUUACGUGUGGACGGUGAAGGCAAUGUAACCUUUAAAAGACUACCCACAACACAAUUAGUUGAAGCAUUACAAUUAGGUAUACAAUGUAUAGUGGGUGGAUUACAAGCCAAAGCAGCAAGAGAUGUCUUAUAUAAGGAUUUUCUCGAUAUCGAAAUUAUUCAUUUUCCAAAAGAGGGUACAAGAACAACUCCUGCUCAUAAAUUUAGUGAUUUUACAAUUCGUUCUUAUGCAUCAGUGGCAUUUCGACAUUUUCGAGAAUUAUUCAAUAUUAAACCAGAAGAAUUUCUUCAUUCCAUCUGCGAACCAUUGAGAGAAUUACGUAAUCCAGGUGCUAGUGGUAGUCUAUUUUAUUUAACAUCUGAUGAUGAGUUUAUAUUGAAAACUGUACAAAAGAAAGAAGCAGACUUUUUAAGAGGUUUAUUACCAGGAUACUAUAUGAAUGUCACACAAAAUCCACGAACUUUAUUACCAAAAUAUUUUGGCUUCUAUUGUUAUCAGGGUGAAAAUAAAAAUAUUCGUAUUGCUGUUAUGAAUAAUUUAAUUCCAUCUCAAGUACAUAUGCAUGAAAAAUAUGAUUUGAAAGGUUCAACAUUUAAACGUCGUGCAUCAAGUCAAGAACGUCAAAAAGAAUCACCCACAUGGAAAGAUUUAGAUUUUAUGGAACGUCAUCCGGAUGGUUUUCUAUUAGAUGUAGAAACAUAUAAUGCUGUUGUCAAAACAGUACAACGAGAUUGUCGAGUUUUAGAAAGUUUUCGAAUAAUGGACUAUUCAUUUUUGAUUGGUGUUCAUUAUAUUGAUCAUACUAUAACGGGAGACAGUGGCAUAACAGAACGACUUACUGAUCCAUCUAUUGUUCAACAACCAAAACGUAUGAUGUAUUCAACGCCAAUGGAUACGAUAAAUGCCGAAUUUGAAGUUCAUAAUAAACCAGAUGAUUAUCUUGUUGAAACGGGUGGAAUACCAGCUCGAACGGCCAGUGGUCAACGCUUAUUAUUAUAUAUUGGUAUCAUUGAUAUACUACAAUCAUAUCGUCUACGAAAACAACUUGAACAUACAUUUAAAUCCGUUCUUACUGAUGCAUCAACAAUAUCCGUGACAAAUCCAUCUUUUUAUUCUGAACGAUUUCAACGUUUUCUGUGUAAUACCGUAUUUAAGAAGAUCUCACGUGAUACUGGAGCAACAAAGAAAUUUCGCACAAUUGCCUUACUUGCGUUACGUGGUUCUCCUUCUAAACGUCGAUCGAGAAUAUCGAAAAUGAUAUCACAAACGGAACAAGAUCCCACUAUCGUUGACAAUGAAACAGUAUCCAUUGACAAUGUUCAAGUCCUUUAUCCACGAAGUCCACCUGAAGUACCACAUUAUCCAAUCGUAGGAAAUCGUACAAAUUAUGCAAUUCAAUCUAAUACCCCGUCACCUGCUUCACAACGUCGACACUUUUAUUCUCGCUCACCAGACGAAAAUGAUCGACAAUUUCGAAUUCCACCAUCUCAUGUCAUUAAUAAAACCGAUGUUCAAACUACAAUUUAUCCACCAUCUUUAUCUUCUUCGGUUGUGUCAGGACAAUCCCGUUAUCAUUAUCCAACAGAUAAUGAUCUAUUAGACAAUAAUAGUCAUAUAUCAACCACAAAUUCAUCCUCAGCAUAUUAUUCUGAUUCAAUUACAUCUUUGUCAAAAGGUGGAAAUCCGGGACGAUUAGUAACAUCAUCGUUUUUGAGACAACAACCGGAAACUGUUUUAGCAGUAUCAAAUAACGUUUUGACGGCAACAACAGUAACAACAGCAACAACAGCAACUGAUUUUCAAUUUCGAAGUCAUCAUCGACGAAAUCCACAGACAACUGUCAACUAUGCUUCGACAAAGCAUCGACCAAUUAGCACCACAUCAUCUCAGUUAGAUGAACCACCGGUAGUUAUUCGUCUUUAG